UAAUAUAACAAGUUGUUAAUCUGUGGUCAGCUCUUUGACAUAAUAUACAAUUUUGAUUUUUACUUUGUGUUGAUUUGUUACCUAGCUGUUUAACUGUUGUCCUUGAGUAAACAAAGUUGUAAUAUCCAGGUCCCAAUAUUACAUCGUAAUGGCUGAUUCAACAAAUACCGAUAUUACUAAAAUGAAGGUUGUGGAUUUACGUAAAGAAUUGAAAGCACGUGGAUUAUCAUAUACCGGUGACAAGAAAGAGCUUGUAGCAAGACUCCAAGCGGCGACUGCUCAAGAUGAUAACGGUGAUAUAAAUUUAGAUUCGGAUGAAAUUGACUCUGAUGGUGUAUUGGAUGACGAUGAUGAAAAGGUUCACGCAGAUAUUUUGGAUGAUACUGCUGCAGACACGCUUAAUGAAGAUUUAGUGCUUGAAGAAAACUCACCUGAGAAACAAACUCCUGAAACUAAACCACAGAGGAUUCUCAAGCGAAAAAUUACCGCAGAGACACAAAAAGAACAGCUGACAACUGAGGGUAAAGAUGCAGCCUCAAAGAAAAUUGUUUUAAACAGAACAAUUUCUAUGUCAUCUAAUUCCUCUAAACCAAGUGAAAAAAAAGAUGAGAACACAAGUAUCACUACAAUUGAAACCUCUUCUGAUAGUAAUCCUAUAAAAAUAACUUCAGAUCUUGACUUGAAAACGCGGUUAGAACUGAGAGCAAAACGUUUUGGUCUUCCCGUUAAAAUUUCAGAUGAAGCAAGGAAAGAAGCCAGAAAACAGAGAUUUGGACAAAGUACCAACAGUAUAACUGACACAUCUAAAGUGACUAUACCUGGAACAUUGUCAGACACUUUAGACAAACUGAAAAAACGGUCUGAAAGAUUUGGACAAUCUGUCUCAUCACUCAUGAUAGACAUUGAGAAUAAGGAGAAAUUAGAAAAAAGAAAAGCCAAAUUUGGUACUGUAAAGUAAAUAUAAUAAGUAACAGUUUAAAUUACUUGACUCUUUCAUUUGUAAUUUCUAGCUAUAUAAUAUAGUGUUAAGGUUUUCAAUAAAGUAUAUUUGACCUUA